AUGGCUAAACGACUUUCGAGAUCUGCAAAAGAUUUCAAACCGGUAAUAUUGUUGAUUAUCAUUUUCUAUACAAAACGUUGAAACUUUCAGAACUAUAACGAAGAUGACUCGGAUGAGGAUUUUCAACCAGGACGGAGAAGAUCGAGUUCAAUGACAGCUGCUUUGGAAGUAAGACACACAAGAAGAUCGAAUUUAUCGAAAGAUAAAAAAAUGGGAGAUUCGCCGAGAAAAUCUGGACGCAUAUUGCCAGUUCGUGAAGAAGAAACAACUCCCAAUAAUUCGGACAAUGAAGCUUCAAAUAGUAAAAUCAGAACACCGCGCAGAAAAUCUGGUAUAACUCCGUCUCCAUCUAAGGGAAAGCAAUCUGAAAGAUUGGUAAGCACUGGUGAGAAAGAACAAGCUACGUCAAGCAAAAAUGAAACAAUGCCACCAUCGAAAAAUGCUGGAACAAUAUUGUCACCUAUUAAAGGAAGAGUUACGCAGUUGAAAGCCAUCGAUUUUGCUGAAAAUGUUUGUCAAGAUCAGGGAACAUCAAAAUCGAGGAGAGCAAGAAGUUUAUCAACAGCAGGCGGGCUUCUUACAAAAUCGAGUAGAAGACGAUCUUCAGGAAAAGUUGCGCCGGUUGAUGAGUUGGAAGAACAAGGAACCUCAUCAUCAAUUCGAAAAUCGCCAAUUAAAAGUCCUGGCAAGACAAAGUCACCGAUCAAAAGUAGAGCAAGAAUAGAAAUGAAAAGAAUCUGUGAACAACUUGAGUUAGAAGAAGAUGGUGAGGAUGAGGAGGAGGAGGAAGAAGAUAUUCCAAAGAAAACUGCACCAGCUUGUAAAGGAGAAUCGAAGCACAGAAGACGUUAUUCAAGAUUACUCCAAGAUGAGAAUCAGGAAAAUUAUAACAGUGCUGAUAUAUUGAAAGAUAGACGAAGAAUUGUUGUAAAGGUAAAUAUUAUUUGGAUACUUUAUAUUUAAAUAUUAUAUAAUGUUUUUCAGACUGGGGAUUAUGAUAGAGAUGAAUUGAAUGAAGCCAAUCUCCUUAUCAGAAAAGCAUAUAUUGAUGUUCGCAAAAAUUAUGAUGAAAAUGUCAAGGAGGAAUUGGAAACUUCUUUCACUGAAUUGCUUCAGAAAAAACGACUUCGAACAUGCCGUUCAAAAUAUGACUAUCAACAAUAUCAUCCUCAAGAUUAUGAAAAGUUUGUGACUCGACAUGAUACUCUUGUGCAAGUCUUCUCCGUUAAAAAUUUAAAACAAAAACAAGGAUAUGCUCCGUUGUAUGGACCAGAUGCUCUUCCACCAAUGACAUAUUGGAUUCAUCUUGAAACAAAUAUCAAGACUGAAGAUAAUUUGAGAUUAUCGCAUGUUCCGUACUUGAAAGAAGAUCAAAAUGAUGAUGAUUUGUUCAAAACUCUAAUCUCAUUAUAUGACGAAGGAAUUCAUGGAUAUUCGGACAAUUGGAAUUAUAUUAAUGAUGAUAUGCUCUAUGAUGUUCUUAUUGAAUGUCUUUCCAAAUUUCAAGGAUCUCGAGAUGCUCUUUAUUAUGCAUUUUAUCAAUUGUUUCCAAACAAAUAUUCUCAUCGACAAUUGCCGGACGUGUAAGUUUUUUUAAACUUUCAGCGACUUUUCAAAAAAUCUAAUUAUUAUAGGUACAGAAAACUGGUUGAACGUUUUUACAACAAGAGUCAUUUCAUAUCAAAGAGAAGACCAAUAAAUUAUCCACCCAACCCAGAAACGGAUAAUCAUUCAAUGGAAAUGGGCUAUUGCCCGUCAUGCUCGUCAUAUGAUUGUCCCACUCAUGGUAAUACAUAGUUGUUAAGGAUUAAUUAUAUAAUAAUAGUUAACUUUUUCUAGGAUUCCGCGCAAAACUCCCCGCCAAAUUUUCAAGUGGUCGAUGGCAAUCGGUUUUGCUUCCAAUCCCUUCGAAAAAUCCAGCGAAAACUUCGAAAUUUAUGUGUUCGACUGAUUGCUGGAAAACUAUUCCGAGAGAUGUGAGUUUCAUUCAAAAUUGAAAAAUAAUAAUUCUCAUUUUCUUGUAGAGGGUUCUAAGUGAUUUGAAACUUAUCGAAGAUGAUAUUUCGAAUGAUGUUGCUUCAGUGUUUUUCGAUAAAGGCGAAAUCACAAGACUCACUGAAAAACAAGGAUCUUCAUUUUUAUUAGCAUUUGCGGUAAACGAAGAGGUCCACAAGAGCUUUUGUCGAUAUGCUGGAAGUCUUCUCGCAAGUCUUGUUGGAAACAAUAAAUUGAGUUGUAAACAAUUUUACGAGCUCGUUGUAUCAUAUACUCGAACGCCUUCUGAAACUCGGAUGUUUGUUGAUCGCGAGAAGCUUCGAAUGUAUGUUUGACUCAUUUUAUUUUUGAAAUAAAUUUAAUUUUUUGAUUUCAGGGAUCCAAGGGAAAUGCACAAACAAUUUCGAAAUACAACUUGGCUAUCUGGUAUUGGAAUGGUAAUAAUUGCAAUAGUGUUUUCAAUUAAAUACAGUUUUUGUUUAAGGUCCAAAACAAAUACAAAAUGCAACCUUGCGACCAUGAAGGACCUUGUGGAAAUCAGAACAAUUGUGCCUGCACAAAAAAUGGAGUUUGCACAAGAUACUGUGGUUGUGAUGAUACGUGCAAAAUGAAAUUCCCGGGUUGUCGAUGUGCACCAGGACAUUGUCGAACAAAACAAUGCCAAUGUUUUUACGCAAAAUGGGAAUGUGAUCCAUAUUUGUGUAAAUCUUGUCAAUGCGGUAUGAAAAUAUUAUUCUUUAAAAAAAUAAUUUCAAAAUAUUUCAGAUACAAUUGGACCACACGAGAACACUUGUCGAAAUUCUUCGAUUUCAAAAGGAAUUCAGAAAAAAUUGGCUGUUCGACCAUCACAAGUUGCUGGAUGGGGAGCUUAUAUAAUGGAAGAUGCCGAGAAAGGAGAUUUGAUUUCUGAAUAUACUGGAGAAGUUAUAUCUUCGUCGGAAGUUGAAAGACGUGGACAUAUUUACGAUCAGUUCAAAUCGAGUUAUAUAUUUGGUAAGAUUUUGAAUGUUUUUCUACAAAAUCAUGAAAUCGCAAUAUUUUAGCUCUGAAUGAGGAUGAAUGUGUUGAUGCAUUUUGUAUGGGAAAUUAUAUUCGUUUCGCGAAUCAUUCCGACACUCACAGCAAUUGCUAUUCAAAAGUUAGUUUUUUCCUCGUAUUUCUGACUCGGGAAGUGCAGGGCACCAUUUUUUUUGGAAUCAUUGAGCAAAAUUAUAGUUAAAACAGGAGUGUUAAAAAAUACCUUAUAAAUUUUAAUCAAAACAUUGUUUGCAGAUUAUAUUGGUGAAUGGCAACCAUCGAAUUGGAAUCUUCGCAAAAAAAGAUUUGAAACAAGGCGACGAACUCUUAUUCGACUACAGUUAUAACAAACAACAUAAAGAAGAAUUUGUGGCAAAAGAUCGAUAUGGAAAACGGUUAGUUUGAUUCUCAUUUUCUAUUAAUAAGAUGAAUUCAUAAUUGCCAUGUUUUUUGCAGAAUUCCACCGAAGAAAGGAAAAAAGGCCAUCUCAGAAGAUCGAGAAACUUCUUCCAGUCCAGAAAAAGUUAAAGAAAGUGUUGCUGUGAAACGCGUGAGAAGAUCGCGACACUAA